CGAUUCAUUUUGAUUCGAACAAUGUCUGGAAUUAAGCAUGCGUCCAAUCAAAGCAUCAAGCCUUUUAAAUCAAGUGAAGAAUAUCUCUAUGCCAUGAAAGAAGACCUGGCGGAAUGGCUGGCAGAGUUAUACAACAUCGACAUUCACGUCGAUAACAUUUUGGAUGUAUUGGAGACAGGUGCGCUGCUUUGUGCACACGCCAAUAACGUGACACGCGUGGCGGAUGAGUUUCUAAAAACGAUGGGAGUCCCUGAGAUGCAGCUGCCCACAUCUGGAGUCACUUUUGUCAGCUCUGUCCAUCCAACAACAUUCCUGGCCAGGGAUAAUGUGACCAAUUUCAUCAACUGGUGUCGAAAAGAAAUGGGCAUUCCAGACGUCCUGAUGUUUGAGACGGAUGACCUUGUCUUGCGUAAGAACGAGAAAAAUUUUGUGCUGUGCGUUCUUGAGGUGGCCAGACGGGCGUCUCGUUUCGGCAUGGCCUCCCCGGUCCUCAUACAGCUGGAGCAGGAGAUAGAGAAGGAGAUUCAUGAUGAGGAGACAAUCCAACACAAACCUCAGAGGCGCUUGGGAAACAGUCAGAACUUGGAUGAAAUGGUACAGUUCCUGAUAAGUCGAUGCACCUGCCCUUCCCAGUUCCCCAUGGUGAAGGUAUCAGAAGGAAAAUACAGGGUUGGAGACUCCAACACUCUCAUAUUUGUGCGGAUCUUGAGGAAUCAUGUAAUGGUGAGAGUGGGUGGAGGUUGGGACACACUGGAGCACUAUCUGGACAAACACGAUCCCUGUCGCUGCACUUCUCUUAUCCAUAAAUUGACUCAACGUCCAGCUACUCCAGUCCAUGAGAUCAAAGAAAAGUUAACCAUACCCGAUGCCCAGUGUGGUUCUCAGACCAGCCUUCUGCUGAGCCGAUCUCAAUCCCCUCUUCAGUCAGUUACGUGGACCCCAUCAGCCCACUAUAGAGCCCAAAGAGCAGGACCCUCUCCACCUCGCCCAUCCCACAACCCCGACCCUGAACAUCAGCCCACCCGACGGAGAAACAGCUGCUCCCCUAACAAAUUAAGGGAGAGACCACGUACGCCACCUAACUUACAUACUUGUACUGACAGUAGUGACCUCCGAAAAACAAACUCCUCCAGUAGGAGAGGUAGAGAGGCAACACGGUCGUCUCCAGCACCUCGCCUUGCUAGUAGUCUCCCACGGGCUUUCCAUCGUCCUACCACACCACAACCUGAGAUGGAACCACCUCAAAUGCCCCUGGUUCUUCAGAAGAACCACAACGAGCCCCAACAUAGUCCUGAGAAGAACCUAGGUCAAACCUGGACCAAAUCGCACUUUGUCACCAAACUGAGACAAAAUUCCACAGCUGGUGUAAAAGGACUAGAAACACAUCUACUCUCGAAUAGGCAAGAAUGUCCAAGCCCAGGAAUGAUCUUCCAGAGUCCUUCCAGUAAUACAAAGCCACGUUUAAAACCUCCAAACAUCACCAUUCAAGAUCCUGAGGAAAAUGGAUGUCCUAAAAGAAGUCCAGGAUUCAUCCGCUCAUUUUCUCCUUCCAAAGGGAUGAUGGGUGUCAUUUCAGAGGCACAACCUAGAACGGCAACUACAAAAACCAAGGGAGAUGGUUCGGCACAAUCCUCACAUGCAAUGAAACGAUUUCUUGAUGCAAAUGACAAAGAGCAGCUUGAUAAAAGAGGAAACAGAGCAGUCAGCAAGCUACAGAAUCUGACACUGCCAGUCCCAGACAUUGUGCCUUCCCCUCACAUUAGCACCUCGAGUAGAUCUUGUAAAAGUGUCCCUGAUUCACAGAAAUCUAAAACAGGAAGUGAUAAAGGGGGGAUAGAGGGUCCAUAUCUUUACAUUCCGUCUGCACUCAGCCCUGCUCAAGAAGCCAAUCUCUACAAGAGUCUAGAGGAGGAAAUCUUGUCCAAUCUGCAACAGCUAAGCAUCGACUCUGAUACCAACAGCAGCUCAGAUGGAAACCUCGGUGAGACUUUUCAGAGAUCUGGAGAAGUCUUGCUAGACCAAUGUAAAGUUUCCUCUCCCAAAAAGUCAGGAAAUUGUGAUCAGACAGUACAUCUCUAUUCAUCUGGCAACAACAGUAAACACGUGGCUAGUUUUGACACAGUUAUUGCCGAACUUUCUAGUGGACAACGGAAGAUGGAGAAAGUCUCAAUUGAAAAGUGGGUAAAUACUCUUCCCAUUGGCCUCAAAGACAAGGUUGAGGAAGACCACACUACAUCAUCUCACCUCAAGGUCUCCAAGCCUUUAAUGACCAGUUCCUGGUCCUCCUUGGGCUCCAGUAUGGAUUCAAAGGAGACUGGUGAACUUGUAAAGCUUUCAGGGGACAAGCAGAAUGCGGAGAGAAAAAAUACUCACGGUAAAGUAUCAAGUGUAUGUACUGGACAUCUAAAAAUGCAGAGGGGUUCUUCAUUCACUCAAAGGAGGUCUUUAAAGAAGCCGGAGAGGGUGCCGUCCAUCUACAAGCUGAAACUAAGACCCUGUGUGACACCCAGACGUGACCACAGAUCUGAUCGGAGACCCUCAAAGAUACCAAAACCAGUUUUCUACAAAAGAAUAAGCUGCAAAGAUGGCAACCAGAGAGAAAACGAUUUCCCACUUGAGAUUUUCAGCACAGAGAACUCUCAAGGAGACACAUGGACUAAACCCAAAUCUUAUAGUCCAAUACAGAGUCCAAGUAAGUGCCAAAAGACAAACCAAGAGCCAGAUCAAGUACUGGAAUAUUGGGUUUAGCGGGAAGCCAAAUUUACAUAUGUCAAAUUUGGAGUAUACAGAAAUUUUGACCUAAUUUAGCCAACCCAAGUAUGGUCAGGGACUUUUUGUAAGUUUGUCUGCGAAAGCCAGGCUAAAGUUUCAUGAUCUAAUUAUGAGAAUAGAAGCAUCAAAGUUUGAUUUCACUUUAAUUUCAAUCUUUGGCAUGGCCUUAGUCAAUAUUAAAGAUAUCAAGGUUAUAUUUUCACAGAAUGCUUGUUAUAUUAUGUACACUGCAAAAAAUGUCUUUCUUAGUAUUUUUGUCUUAUUUUCAGUACAAAUAUCUAAAAAUUCUUAACAUGAAGAUGCAUUUCCUUGA